AUGUCGACGGAUGCCAAGUUAAGCGUCGAACAAGCUAUUCAUCUCCUUACAGAAUUAUGUCCACAUAACCAGAAUCAAGGCACACAGUUAAAAAAUCAAAUUGAUCAACUUAAUGAUAACUCUGUUAAAACAACAUUAAUGUUAGAAGAAAUUAUGGCAAAAUUAAGUACUUUAGAAGCAAGAGUAAAUACAAAAGAAGUUAACCAAGCUAAUAUUCAAAUGAUUGAUGAGAAGAACAAUGACUCUUUGUCAAGGUCACAUUUUCUGUUUGAUCAUACACAUCAAUCUCAUUAUGAUGAAAAUGUAUCACCAAUGAUUAAAAAUGUAGCUGCUGCGCCAUUAUCAACACAUGCAAUAAUAAUACCAUCAUCGUCUACAAUACCAACUUUUUCAGGAAAGCAUUCUGAACGUCCAAAACAAUUCCUUGUGCGAAUUCAGGAAUAUGCUGAAACAGUUCAUGGAUGGAAUCGAUAUACAUUACUUUUAGGUAUCUCGCAUUUUUUGAGAGAUGCUGCUCUAGACUGA